UGAAUCAGGCAAUUUCAUUCACAUUCGCACUAGCGGUCCGUGUGGAGGUCCGAGAACUGGUGCUGUGUGAGGAACGUUUUCUUAGUAUAACUGUGUGUGUGUAUUACAAGGAGUUAAACCAACAUUAAUAAUGGAAUUAUCUUCUUGCGCGACACUGUAUGGACUUUCUGUGCAGACAUCUCACGUAUAGCCAACUAUGUUCUGAGCCGUUUGUGAGAUUACGCCGGAUACCAUGCAAACGUCUCUGUAACGCCGGAUUUAAAACAGUGGACUCGCGAGGAGUAGUUUUUUAUUUUAUUUCCACCUGAUCAAAAAAGGAACACAAAAUGAUCUUGACACAGAUCGAGGCCAAAGAGGCAUGCAAUUGGCUACGGGCGGCAGGCUUUCCUCAGUACGCCCAGCUCUACGAAGAUGGCCAGUUCCCUAUCGAGAUCUCCUCUGUCACCAGGGAUCAUGACUUCCUGGAUGGGGAUGCCAUUGAGGCCCUGUGCAGGAGACUGCAUACCCUCAACAAGUGUGCUUUGAUGAGGCUGGAUGUCUCCCCUCAGAGAAAGAGGAGUGAUGAUUCAGAUGAGGAUGAACCCUGUGCCAUCAGCGGCCGCUGGACCUUCCAGAGGGACAGCAAGCGCUGGUCACGCCUGGACGAGCUGGACGUCUUCUCCCCGCCGGGGGUUGCGGGCGAGCCCCCCUUCCCCAGCGAGGAGAGGCUGCGGCAGGGCGUGAGCACAGAGAGCGUCCUGACGGACCUGAGCGAGCAGCCGGAGGUGAGCUCCUUGCACAGCGGAGGCAGCGGGCGUGGCGAGAGGAGAGACGGCGAGUCUGAGCGAGGAGGACGACUGCCAAGUCGACUGCCCUCCAGCCCCGGAGCGGGCGUCUCCAUGUCGACGGCCAGUGGCGGCGCCACUCGGGCAAGUUCAGUGGCCAGCGUGUGCUCGUCCGCCACGUCGGGCGCCAACGAGGACUCGCUCUCCGACGGCCUCCCUUCGCCACUGGAGAUGCGGAGCUUCUCGUUCGAGGUGAAGUCGUCCAGUGAGGAACGAGGGGGCGGUGGCGACGGCGGAGGAGGAGGAGGGAAGAGCAGUGGCAGUGGCAGUGGCAGUGGCAGCACUAGCACGCGCUCGCGGGCCAAGAGCUUCCUGAAGCGCAUGGAGAGCCUGAGGCUGCGCGGGGGCACGCUGACCCGGCGCAAGAAGCCCCGCUCUAAACUAGACAUCAGCGGGCCUGUGGGGAUCCAGGAGGGCCUGGAUGAGGAAAAGCUCCGCAGGCUGAACUGCGUGGACAUCCACCCUGCCCUCACCCAGGAUCUCCAGAGCCAGAACCAGGACCAGGACCCGGACCAGAAAGAUGGAAGUGGUGGAAGUGGUGGAAGUGGUGGCAGUGGUGGCAGCGGUGGUAGCGGUCCUCACAACCACAGGCACCGGAGCGUGUCCUACUUCACGCAGACCAGCAGCGGCAGCGCCGGCAGCAGCCUGUCAGAGGGGGGCAGCAGUGGGAGCGCGGUGAGCACGCCCAGCCCCGUGACGAGGGCACGUAGCCACAGCAGUGCGGCGGCCGGGUCCGGGUCCAAGCGCGGGGGCAUGUACCUGGAGGGGUUCGACCCGUUCAAUCUGCUCACGCAGCCCGCACAGGACCACCAGACGCAGAACAACAAGCACAACCUGAACACCAUCCAGACCCAGAACCAGAACCAGAACCUGGACCUGAACAAGAACCAGAGCGCCACAGACACAGGCGUGGUGGAGCAGAACCGCCGCAACAGCAAAAAAUCGUCCUCGUCCUCCUCCAAGUACGAGGCGGAGGAGGAGGUGGAGAAGGAGGAGGAGAAAGAGGGAGUGAUCUUCUUCUACCUGCCCGAAGGCCACAAACCCGGAACGUUCCCGAAAGCCCUCGCUGAUGGUGGGCUGCACCGCCAUGGCGUGGAGGGGGGUGUCUCCACCAUCCGCCGGCGCCCGCGGAGGGGCUCCUCGGCCUCCCUGGACAGCCGCCUCAGUGUCUACGACAACGUGCCGGCCUCGUUGUCCCGAGGCAUAGGCGGAGACGAGGACGAGGAUGAGGCAGACCUGCAGAGGGACGGAGAGCGCAAGCUUGAGGAUGUGUUGAAGGACGUGAGUGGACUGCAGAGGCUGGUCAAUGCCUGGACAGAGGCAGUCGCCACCGGAGAGGAAGAGGAGGAGGAAGAGGAGGAAGAUGAGGAGGAGGAGGAGGAGGAGGAGGAUGGAGAUUCGGACUCGGCCCUGGACUCAGCCUCACCCUGCCCAUCCUCACCACUGCAGAACCGGCUGGAGGAGGAGAACGCCAGCGACCAGGACAGCACGGGCAACCCGCUCGGAGAGCGCGAGAGGAGGGACUCUGGGGUGGGGGCCUCCCUCACACGGGCUAACAGGCCCCAGAAGCUGCGCUGGCCCAGUUUCCAGAGCUCUCACAGGCCCAGCCUAUCGUCCACGCUGCUGCAGAUUGGCUGCCAGUCGGUGCUCCAGAUGAACCUGCUGCAAAAGUAUAGCCUGCUCAAACUCACUGCCCUACUGGAGAAACACACACCCACCAACAAGCAUGGCUUCAGCUGGGCUGUGCCCAAGUUUAUGAAGCGCAUGAAAGUGAGGGACUACAAGGACAGGAAUGUGUUUGGCAUCCCCCUGCAUGUGAACGUGCAGCGGACAGGACAACCUCUGCCCCAAAGCAUCCAGCAGGCCAUGCGCUACCUCAGGAGCCAGUGCCUGGACCAGGUGGGCUUGUUCAGGAAGUCGGGAGUGAAGUCCCGCAUCCAGGCGCUCCGUCAGAUGAAUGAGGCCUGUGGCGCAGAUGGGGGAGGAGUCAGCUACGAGGGCCAAUCAGCUUACGACGUGGCCGACAUGCUGAAGCAGUACUUCAGAGAUCUGCCCGAGCCUCUCUUCACCACCAAACUAUCAGAUACCUUCCUGCAGAUCUACCAAUACAUGCCAAAGGAGCAGCGUCUACAGGCGGUGCGUGCGGCGGUGCUGCUGCUCCCAGACGAGGCUCGCGACGCCCUGCAGACGCUCCUGUGUUUCCUGAGCGACGUAACGGCCAGCGUGGCCGACAACCAGAUGACCUGCACCAACCUGGCCGUGUGUCUCGCCCCAUCUCUCUUCCACCUGAACACACUGCGCCGCGACAGCUCCUCACCCAGAGUCAUGAAUAGGAAGCAGACCCUAGGUAAACCUGAUCAGAGGGACUUGAACGAGAACUUGGCUGCUACUCAUGGCUUGGCCCACAUGAUUCAGGAAUGCCGCAAACUCUUCCAGAUCCCGGAAGAGAUGAGUCGCUGUAGGAACUCCUACGUGGAGCAGGGCCUGAGCCCCGUGAGGAUGGAGGAGCUGCUGGAGGGCUGUGGGCCGCAGGGCUACCGCACUCACCUCAGGGAGAGUCUGGACGCCCUGCUCAAGGAGGCCAAGGACAAGUUCCGGGGCUACGACAGCGUCUCCACACCCGAGCCUGCCGAACUUGCCUACAAGAAGGUGCAUGAUGGCUCCCCGCUGCGGAUGUGGAAGGCGUCUGUGGAGGUGCCUGCGUCGGCGGAGGAGGUGCUGUCUCGGGUCCUGCGGGAGCAGCAGCGCUGGGAUGAGGACCUGUUGGAGGGCCGCGUGGUGGAGACGCUGGAGGAGCGUGCCGAGGUCUACCAGUACGUUCGCAACAGCAUGGCUCCGCACCCGCCCAGAGACCAUGUAGUGCUCAGGACGUGGCUGAGAGACUUGCCCAAGGGUGCGUGCGCCCUGGUGAGUGCAUCGGUGGAUCAUGACAGGGCAGCAGUGAUGGGGGUGCGUGCCAACAUCCUGACCUCCCGCUACUACAUGGAGCCCUGUGGCCAAAACAAGACCCGGCUCACACACAUCUCCAGGGUGGACUGCCGGGGUCGAUUCCCAGAGUGGUACAAUAAGCUCUAUGGACACCAGUGUGCUGCGGAGGUUGUAAGGAUCAGAGACUCCUUCACCUCCCCGAUGGAAAAAUAAAUCCCUCUCUCCUUCACCCUUCGUUUCAGUCUCCUUUUCUCAGAAGGACUCCUCGGCCACCAAGGCUGCUGUCACCUACACAGCCUCAGCCACUCAGAGAGUAUUUAAGGACAACAUAACGUCGGUAUACAGUUCUCAUUUUUUGUCUCUACACUACAGUUGAUUGACAGGUCAAAGGAAAACAACACCCCAAGACUGGAAUGGACACAUGACUGCCCGCGUCUUGAACUGUGACAUCACUUUCAGAGGGUGCACACCAUGUUACCCGUCCAGGGGUGUUAACAGUGAUGCCAAAAUUUCAUGGGGUGGGCAGGGGCAGGGGCAGGGGCAGGGGCAGGGGCAGGGGUUCUACUGCUUCUGGGAAGCAAAAUGGACUAUGUAUACAAAAUGUGUAUCGAUGUAUAUGUGUAUUGGGGAGAUUAUAUUAUGUGCGUGUGUACCGUGUGACUGAGAGACAAAUGAGAUGUAUUCCAUGCACUGGCUCUCUGCUGCAAUAUAGUAUAAAAAACAUAUGUUAUCAGAAAUGUAUGUGUGUGUGUGUGUGUGUGUGUGUGUGUGUGCGUGUGCGCAUAUGCGUGUGUGAGCAUGUGUUCAUCAGUUUCAAAACAGCAGUGUCAUAGUAAAAAUUGCCCUUUCAUUAGUGGAACUACACUAACUUUGUAAAGAGUUAGUGAACAAAUGACUGGGGGUGUAUGUGUGUGUGUAUUUGUUAGUGUGUGUACACUCGUUUGUGUUGUGCAGGUUUGCUUUUGUGUAUCGUUGUUCGUGUGUGUGUGACAGCCUUGCUGACAGACAGUGUGAAAAAGCCUGAGAGGUGGCUGGAACACCUGAGGCUUAAGACGUAGGAGGGCCGACUGGUUUGGGAUUGAGAGUUGAACAGCGCUGUAGUUAAGUAGAUUAGUGCAUAUGUCUGGCUAAUUCGUGGGCUUUAAUCUUUACGAGCCCAGAAUGAAAAGAAAAGACCAACACAUGGAGGGACCAAAAUCGUCACAAUAAAGCUUACUGACCAAUUGCCAUAUAGGCCACUUUGAAGAGAGAGAGAAACGGUCAAGGAGGAGAAGGGUGUAACAGAAAACAAAGAUGGCUGACCGCAGUGUUUAAGUGUGAUGUUUUGGAGUUUUUUGUUUUUCUUUUCGAUCUAUUUGGAAAUAGCUGACAGUAGCUAUUGUCUCUCAGUUAUCAUGAGCCAAUCCACCCUUGAGCAGAUGAAGGCAUCUCUUGCCUUCCGCUCACCUUUGUGAGAAAAAG